UUGUUUUACGAGGGAAAGUGUUACUCUUACUUUUCAAUGGGAUAUAUUCUAAUUUGUAGAGCUCGACGAGCUGAUUACGAUGGCAUAAAGCAUUUUCCCCCAUGUCUCUUAAAGACCCGUUUUUCUGGAAAACCAGUUUUUUCAGAAACUCUAAAACAUAACUGAAAUUUUCCUUAAUGAGGCAGAAUUGUAGCGCACACAUUUCUGAUUAAAAUGAGACAUCUCCCACCUCCCAGUUUCUGAAAAACUGGUUUUCCAGAAAAAUGGGUCUUUAAGAGACAUGAGAGAAAAUACUUUAUGCCAUCAUAAUCAGUUCGUCGAGCUCUAUAAAUUAGAAUAUAUCCCAUUGAAAAGUGAGAGUAACACUUGGAGACCUUCUCUCGUUAGUCAAAUUCUCUGUAAACUAGUUCCACAACAUGACUGAGUGAGCGAAUAGUUUAAAUAACGAACAGUUAAAAAAUUAUUUCUUAUUUUUUGUUUAGAUCCUACAUUUCAGGCAGAAAUUAAUUUUAAAAGUCCAUUUGCCUAUUGGACACUUGGCAUUGUUAGUGUUAUAUUAACAAUAUUAGCUGAUGCUGGAAAUUUAAUUAAUUUAUUUGUAUUAACAAGACGUCAUAUGAGAAGUACAAUGACCACAUUACUUGUCACAUUGGCCUACGCUGAUUUAGUACCACCCACUGUUGUGUCAAUUAAUAGUAUUCUAUUUUAUCAUUGUUUACCAAAAAUGGAAAUAUCAUCAACAUUUCUAACAAGUCAUAAUAUAUCAAAACAUUUAUUUAAUUCAUUAGCAAAUAUUUUUACAACAUUUUCAAAUUGGAUGAUUGUUCUCAUAACAACAUUUCGAUUAAUUGUGGUCAAGAAACCAUUAUUGGCCAAAAAUUAUUGCAAUCGUCGAACAGCUCGUUAUGCUAUUAUUUCAAUAUUUAUUUUAUCAUUUUUUGUCAAUUUACCAUUAUUUCUAUUUACAAGUAUUCAAUUAUAUUGUACUGGUGAUGGUAUUACAUAUUAUGGUUUACAACGUUCCUCAAUAUUAAUGACAAAAGUUUUUUCUCGUUUAUAUUAUCCAUUAAUGGUUUCAAUUUCACUAUUAAUACCAUGGUUAAUAUGUUUUUUUAUUUGGUUAUUUUUAAUUCGUGCACUUAAAAUUGCUCAAAAACAAUUACAAAAAAAAAAUAUAAAAACAACAUUUUCUAAUGAUCGUAAACAGGAUACAUUUUUUCGUAUUACACUAAUGAUUGUUUGUGUUCUAAGUGUUUAUAUGGUUUGUCGUUCAGCUCAUCUUGUUGAAGUUAUUCAUAUUUUAUUUCAAAAUUAUUUUCCGGCAAGUCAAUUAUAUUUUACUAUUAUUCGUGUUAGAAUACUUUGUAUAUCUAAUAUUAUGUUAACUAUAAAUCAUGGAGCAUAUUUUU